CGUCAAAAUGUUCCGUCACUUGGUCCGCACUGUCGCGUUGCCGCUGUCUGGCGCAGUGCUCGCCGCGUCGUCCUUUUCCCAUAACAAGGGAACCGCACACCGCGUGCCGUCGAAGACAGAUGGGGCUAGAGUAUUCAGCUGGGGAUCCAACGGAUUUGGGCAAUUGGGUCAAGGCCACGAAGUGGACCUGUCGACGCCGACGCCCAUCAAGAUCGACCGUGCGGCACAAUCCGUCGCGUGUGGUGGAAACUCAUCGGCCAUCGUCACGACGGAAGGGCACGUGUAUACGUUUGGUGCAGGAGGAAGCGCCCGCCUCGGCCACGGAGAUGCCAUCGAUACCCCGAACGUGUCGACCCCGCAACUCCUUGAAGUGCCCGACUUGGUCUUCCAAAAGGUUGCUAUUGGUGAGUAUCACAUGGCAGCGUUAACAGCAGACUAUCGGCUGUUCACGUGGGGGCGUCACAACAGUCCGCAGUUGGGCCACGCGAAUGUCGCGCGUGGAUUUCCCAACGAAGUAGCUGAAUUGCGAGGCAACGUCCAAGAUAUCGCGUGUGGCCGCCAGCACUCGGUCGCAAUCACGACCGACGGAAAGUUAUAUGUAUGGGGACUGGGACACGAAGGAGCGUUGGGGCAUGGAGACAAGGCGAAUGUAGAUCGACCUAAGCUUGUGGCUGCGUUGGCUAAGGAAUCAAUCGUUCAAGCAGCUUGUGGACGAGAAUACACAUUGGCGUUGACAAAAGAGGGUGUCGUGUAUGCUUGGGGUGCCAACGACUAUGGACAAUUGGGGGUUGCAGGGUCGAUGCGAUACCAGCGAACGCCGUUACCUGUAACAUCGUUGGAUGGGUUGGACGUCGUCCAAGUGGCCGCGGGGGAGUACCACAGUGCGGCGCUGACCGCGUCAGGUUCGAAUAUUUCACGAAUAGACUGGAGAUCUCCCCCUGGACUUUGAUGGGUGUCUUUAUAUCAUGUUUGACAGGCCAAGUGUACACGUGGGGACUGGGCAAAGACGGCCAGUUGGGGCUCGGCACGAACGAUGAUCGAAACAUUCCGCGAAAGCUCUCGGAGCUCGACGGCCUCCACAUCGUCCAAGUCGCUUGUGGUGGGGGGCACACUGUGUGCGUAUCUGCGGACGGCAAUUUGUGGGUGUUUGGACGCGGUCGCAGCGGGCAGUUGGGAAGAGGCGACCAGUUGGAAAGCAUCGCCGCGUACCGCAACACCCCCGUGCAAGUGCAGGUCUGUCACACAAAUACGAUAUUGCUUUAUGGAACCUGCAUCAAAUUAUAUAUAUAUUGGAGACAACCGAUAAUAUGCAAGGGAAUGAAAGAAUUGAAAUAAUAUAUAUAUAUAUAU